UUUUUCGGCAUUCCGUCGUCCGCGUCCGGUAUGACCGGUAUUAUCUAGUCGUAUUAUGAUAUUAUAGUUGUGUAACACUACAAACAUUUCUUUUACCCGUACAAUAAUUAUCGCGAUUCGGUUUACCACGCACGCGCGUUCGCGUCUCCCGCGCAUAAACUCGUCCGGUGGGGCGUAGAAACAACACGAAAUCGCAGCGCCUCUGCCGCCGAGUCCGUCCGAUUAUUGUCGUCGGCCGCACGCGCGAAUUCCACUCAGUAUCGCGCGGAAUUCCCGUUCACCGCUUCUGGUCGAUGCUAUCCCCGGAUUCCCGUGACGCAAAAACAGCAGCAGCAGCAGCAGCAGCAGCAUAAUAGGUAUAUACAGGUAUAGCUGUGCGGGACGGCCGCCAACACCACGCGGGUGAUGAUGUCUUCGUUGCUGUCGUCCACGACGGCGGUGCCGGCCACUUCGACGGCCUCGGCCGCCGCAGCCGCGACCGGGACGGGCCCCACGGCAACGGUGAUCGCGCUGACGGCGGCUUGCGCGGCGCUGUCGCUCAUUUUGGUGGCCAUGUGCCUGUUGGACCUGCCGUACUUCUUCCGGUCGCUGUUCAGCUACGUGUCGGCCACGUGCUUCAAGAAGAAGCUCCGGGCCACCGACACGGCCGUCUACUCGUCCGUGUGCCUGACCUCCGACCUGGACGUGUACCUGACCCACAUGAACAACGCCCGGUACCUGCGCGAGAUCGACCUGGCCCGCAUCGAGUUCCUGCUGCGCACCGGCAUAUGGCGCGAGCUCCGGCGCCGCGGCGGCCUCAUAUUCACCAUCGCCAACAGCGUCCGGUACCGGAGGUUCGUGCGCACGUUCAGCCGGUACGAGAUCCGCACCAGGAUCGUGUACUGGGACGACGUGUCCAUAUUCUUCGAGUUCCGGUUCGUGUCCAAGGCCGACGGCUUCGUCCGGGCCAUCGUGUACAACCGGCAACAGGUGGUCGACUGCAGCGCGGACGAGCUGAUGCGCACCGUCGUCGGGGUCGGUGGCGGCGGCGGCGGCGGUGGCGGCGGUGGCGAUGCGACCGCGGACGCCAAGACGGCGGCCGAGGGCGCGUUCCGGCGGCCCGAGUGUCCCAUCGAGAUACACCACUGGAUACAGUCCAACCUCAUGUCCAGUGCCAGUCUCAAGGCCGAGAUUGGCGACGGCGACCCGCUGUAACGCGUUUGCCGUUCGCGGGGGGGGGGGCGGUCUAGUCCCGCCGCCCGGCCACGGUACGCCGCCGCGGGGUAGAGCAAUAAUAUACACGUUCGGGCGCAUUUUCCCCAGACCCAACAGAGACGCGGUAAUUCCGCGUGACGUCUGUGGAAGACACCGCGUCACGCGAGCAGGUCGGCUCAGCGGUCUCCCGAAGACGCGUGUCCGUAUGUAUUUAUUACCGCUUGUCGGCAUCAGAUGAGUAUACGCCCGAGAGUGCACUACCCAUUACUAUGUUAUUAUCAGUAUACAUUCGAGUUGAUACGAAAGGUGAUAUUAUUUAUGUUGUAAUAAACAACUUUUUUCCAUUCGAUACUAUUUUUCACGUCCAAAUUUAUCGUGUUAUAAUAAUUAGAUACUCAUCCCGAUAUUCGAUACGAUUGUUUUCCCGUCAUUUUUUCCCGUUCAAUCUCGAAUUCUCCUUCGCCGCGGGUAUCUCUUUUUCAAAAUAAUUUUUACACCCAAACGCGCGUCCAUUCAUUUUUACACCGUAACGUGUUUUCAGAAAAUAAUGCGUCCAAACGUGUUACGCCCAUACGGGGCGAUAAACUGCUGCUGCACCUGCAUCCAGCGAUGUACACCUCGAUGGAUCUCUCGCAUGCAGCGCGAUUGUAUAUUGAUUGUUAUCGCCGCUUUGAAUGCGGAAUCGAUUGGUUUUUGUUGUUUUUUUUUUUGUUUUUAAAUAUUUUAAAGUCGUUAUCGACUGCUUGGAGAGAGGUUCACGCACGUAUAUUGUAUAAAAGAUAAAACAAUUACGAAAAGAUCACAUGACCGUUCGUAUACCAAUCGGGACCGCAUUAUAAUGUCAUAUACCUAUGAUGAUUAAUAUAAUAUUACAUGUUAUUAUACUCGUCUGUUUUUUGUACGUUCUAGUCUCAUUUUCUGCCUUUUAUGUACUUAAUACCAUUUUGAUUAUGUUCAAGUACGCUUGUAUAUUAUAUUAUGAUAAUAAUAUGAAAAUAACGACCUCCAUUUACCAAGCGAUGUGUAUUUGACGUUAAUAUAGACAAUAAAAUAUAUAUAAUUUUAUUUUUACAAACCUA